AUGUCAUUCACACCACCUGCAUCCGCAAGCCCGCGUAUCAAAAGGGCUGCAGAGAUGUUAAAGAUGGCCAAUUCAGAAGAAGAUGAUGCGUUUCUACCUAACCCACGGUUGAGACCAAAACAAAAUGAAGUUUCAUCACGACCAGCAACGCCUGGUUCUCCAAUUAAGAAGUCUGAGCGGCCAUUGAACAAUGUCCAAAAGAUGAUUUUACGUAAGGAACAGGAGGCAAAGGAGAACAAUGCCAGUCUUCCUGCUAGACCAGAUAUGAAACCUCCAUUGCUUGGACGUAGAAAUAUCUUUGUCAAACAAGAUAACAAAAUACAGCAGGACAAGGAAACUUCAGAAGAUAAAAUGUCCACCAGUGAAAUGGGCAGAAUGGGUAAGAUCAAUACUGCAAUGUCGGCUUCACCAUCACGAAAAAAUUUAGACAAACUAAGUACAAUUCAAGCCAAACUUACUCCAAAGAAGAAUGAAGAGAAUAGUACUUCUGCUCCUAUCAUACUACCUAAAAAGAGAUGUACAUCAUCUAAAAGAGCUAUAUCUAAUAAUCGGAAGGUAUCAAGGAAAUUCAGCGCAAAUGGUACUGUUACUAACACCUCAUGUGGCACGCUACAAUCAUGGAUUGACGAAGAUAGAAACAAUUCUAAGCUAUUGGCAUUUGUUUGCAGAAUGAUCGAAAUUAAAAAAUGGAUUGAAGGUGUGCUUAAUCUGGAUAUAGGAUUGCAAGAUAAUCAAAUUCAUGAAUUUCCCGAUUAUUUGACGAAUGGUGUACUUAUUGCUAAAUUGGCACAGCAUUUUGAUCCUGAUCAUGCCAAACGAAUCUAUGAGAAUAAUGAUGGAUACAGAAUGAGAACUGCACAGUUUAAAUUUACUCAAAACAUAGUCACAUUUUUAGAAUUCACCAGACGUGAGAAGCUUCCAUCUUUGUUUAUAUUUGAAACGAACGAUCUAUACGAGAAGAAAAAUAUUCCUAAAGUAAUAGCCUGCUUACAUGCGCUGUGUUGUUAUAUGGCGAUGAUGGGUAGGUCUCCUGCAGUUGAUAAGAUUGAAGAAAAGGCCGGCGUUCUGGAAGAACAUGAUUUCGAUGUUUCCCUUUUGAAUCAAAUCAAACAAAAAUUUGGCAGAUAUCCUCUGGGGAGAAAAUAUAUUGAAGGAUUUGAAGAAGCUGUUAGAGUUAAUGUUGGUGAUGAUAUUAAAAACCUAAAGCUUAUUCAAGUCGAAGACCCGAUUAAAAAGCCGGUUGAAGCACCAACCGAAGCACCAACCGAAGCACCAAUCGACGAACCCAAAGGCGAAACACCAGUGGAAGAAAUGACGGAAGGUCCAGAGGAAGAAAUAGGAAUAAAUAAUGAACUUUUAAGUGUUCACCUUGUUAGUGCCGAUGCUUCAUCUGAGCACACAUUUGAUAGUACAUUUGAAAAAACAACUGAUGAAACAACUGAACAAGACGAGGAAGAUAAUAACGCUUUCCUCCCGCCGUCAGAGGAAGAGCAACAACUUACCCGUGAAGCUAGAAACUUGUUUAAUUCAAUACCUUUAAGUGUAUCUCUUGAUUCAAUAUCUGAAAUUCAGGCUAAGUACCGGUAUAUGAUAGACAAUGACGAUUUUGAAUUCUUGAGGAGCUCGCAAUUUUCUACAACAGAUGGUGAGCCUGAAAUCGAGCAUGGGAGGCACGUCAUCAACCUUCAAUCUUUGGCACGUGGAUUCCUACUAAGGUUUGAUAUUUUUGUUACUAAAGAGACUUUGAGGUUGUAUGUGAAUGAAGUUGUUCAAUUUCAAUCGAUGAUUAGAGGUUUGAUUGCGAGAGAGGCAUAUUAUAACAAGGAAAUGAAGGCAUUUGGGUCAUCAGCAAACAUGAGACUUAUUUUGAAAAAUAGGGUUGCUCAUGCUAGACUUGUCGAAAAACUUCCAAUGAUCAAGGAGUAUACAGAUGAAGUAUCGCAACUGCAGAAUGCAAUCAGAGGCUCGUUAGUGAGAGAAAAGAUGUGGAAAUUUCGUAAAGAUUUAUUACUCGAACUGAACAAGAUCAUUAAACUUCAAUCGGUUAUUCGUGGUAGUACAAUGAGAUUGAUGAUCAAAAGCGGUUUCAAGCCUCCAAGGAAGAGCAAACAAAGGAAACCACCCCCACAGCCAACAUCAGGCAUGACCAAAACAUCCAUUUCAAAAUCUCCUAAAACCAAGCAACUGCUAUCAUCUUCAAUUAUAUCCACUACUUCGUUCGAUGCUCCCUUUGAGGAUGAUUUAUUUGAAAAGUACAACCUUCCUACUGUUCCACAACUUCCUCAACCAGGUAAUGUUAGAAUUAGGAGCGCCGAACGACAGCGAAACGCACAAUACCAUGCCGAACUACCGAUUUUACAGUCUUCUGAGCGGAAGGCUUCAAAAUUGAUGCAUUCUCCAACAAAAAAGAAAAUUGCAACAUUACCCGUUGAAAGGCCUAGUAUUGAUCACAUAAAUGUUCUCGAGUUACAGAGUUCUAUUCGAGGAAUGCUAACACGUAUAAGGUUAAACAAACUGAUUGAUGAAUUAUGGAUGGAGAGGGAUCAUAUUUCCCACUUUGUGGCAAGAAUCAAAGGUGUGCUGGUUAGAAAACAUGUUACCGAGCUAAGAAAAUCUUUAAUGGUUUAUCAAAACGAAAUAAUUGGAAUUCAGAGUAUGCUGAGGGGAAUUGAGAGUAAAGUUGAUUACGACUGUCUUGUCGAAGACAUCCAUGCUGAAAGAAAUAACGUCAUCCUACUACAAAACAUAGUUCGAGGUGUCAUUGUGAGACGUGAAAUUAGAGAAAUCAAAGCGAGAUUACACCUAGCAGAACCUUGUAUUUGUCGUUUACAAGCAAUAAUCAAAGGUGUCCAUGGCCAUUUACAGUAUCGUUCAUUAGUGGAAAACGAAGUACCACCAUUAAGGGUCGUGCAAAGACAUAUCUCACUGUUAUCCAACCAUGAACUUGACGAAAAUGCCGAAUUGAUCAAAUUACAAGAGCAAAUUCAAAUCGAAAAGGCAAAUGUGAGAAAAGAAAUUGAGAAGUUCAAUAAUUUGAAAAUUAAGAUGGAAAUAUUGAAAAAACACGGCAUCAAUAUAGGCAAUAUGAUGAAUAAAGUCCAAAAAAACGUUGAUUUGGGAAACGAUGCUUUGGAUAAUGUCGAUGAGGCGAAUUUUAUCAAAACACCUCCAGUUAUUGAAAAGUCUUCAAACGACUUAAGUUUACUAUUAGGGAAGUUUUUUAGUAUACUACAAACGGAUUCUAGUUACUGGUCGACUAUAUUGAAUUAUUUUGAAAAUAGUGGAGACUUGGUGGAAUUGAAGCACGGGAAUUUGGAGGAUUGGAUAUUACUGUGUUUUAACUACGGAGAAGUGGAAAAAGACACCAGUGUGGAACCAAAUCGGGAGGAAUACUAUUACAUGAAAUUAGUUGUUUCCACGUUUAAAGAGUAUUUAAGAGGGUUUGGUGAUGAAAGUUUGAAAAAAAUUAUAAAGAAUCGUGUGGAUUUGGAAUUUGAAUAUUCAUAUUGGGAAAUUCUAAUUCAUGCGUACACAAACUUAAUUCAGCAAAGAAGGUUAUCAAAGACUAUACUCGAAGAUAUCAUUUUUAUUGUAACAUCAGACGAAGAAGUUUCCUUUGAGUAUGAUCCAUCGUUAAUUAUACAAAGUUUGACUUUGAAUGACAAUGAGCGCAGGAUUCUUGAGAAUGGAGAUAAUCCAUUUCAAGUUAAAGUUAUUGAAAGGGCAUACAUUCAGAACAUGCAGCAUUUACGUACGACCACCACGGAGAUCAUGAAAAUACUAAAGAGGAAAGUGAAUAAGCUUCCACAAUAUAUUAGAUGUUUACUUCAUGACAUGUAUCUGACUCUUAAAGAGAACACCGGAUUGAGUGGGCUAUACAUAAUGAGUCUACUUGGCAGUAUCUUCAUGCAAUGCUAUAUUUUACCAAUUUUUGAGACCCCGGAAAAUUUUUCCAUUAAUAUCAAUGCUAUUAGCGAUGAUGUUGAGACAGUUACAAAUAUAAGCAGAAACUUGCAAAUUGUGAGAAUUGUAUUAAAUCAAAUAGCAAGCUCCAGGAAGUUUCACGGAUCAUUGGCGUAUCUCUCGAGUCUUAAUGGUUACGUGGAAGAGAUGAGGAAUUUCAUUAUUGGUUUUAUUAAGGAUAUCAUUGGUAAUACUGGUCUUAAUUCAUACAAAAAGAUCCUUGAUGACAAUAUAGAAGGAUUUGUGAAAAUAAAAUAUGAAGACAUCAGAGAAGUAGUAGGUAUAUGGAAUCAGUUUACCAAUGAAAUUAUACACAAAGAAGAUGAUGUACUGAAGAUGACUAUCGAUGAGCUGAAAACAUAUAUCGAUUUGGAGAAAAUCAAAGAAGACGUAAAGCUACCCGUAGACAAGUAUGGAUACACCAUCAUACGAUUAGAGGAGGGUGUCGAGAUAGAGGGCAAUAUAAAGCAACUAGUUAUGGAGAGAGUCAUAAUGAGGGUGAAACGCUUCCUCGCUUAUAUUUUGCAAGUACAGCAUGGUGAUUUCGAAGAUCUAGUUGAUCUGCUGGUUGCCGAGAUUGAACCAAAUGACGAACUAAGGUAUUUAGAAAUCGUCAGGCACGAGAAGAAGAUGAAUAUUAACAAUGAAUCCCACAAGUAUAGCUAUCCGCAAUUGAAAGUUGAAACGAUUAAAAUGUUAUACGAUUUACAGGAAAAUGGUGUCACAACCUCAGCGGAUGGUUUCCAAAAAAUCAUCAAUUUGUUAGCCGAUGAUAUACGCCAUAAGAGACAGCAGGAAAAGAUGAGAAAAUUAGAGGCAAAGAAUGUUGUUGACACCUUAACUGAGUUGAAGAGAAGAUCAAGACUUUAUAGCAAACAAUACAACGAAUUUGAAAGGAAGAUUGAUGAUGUUCUAAAUAGCAAGUUCAAAGUUGUUGAAAUCACCAAAAACGAAUCGAUAUUUAAGUUUUUUCGAAGCAGUGGACCUAGGAAGGCAUCGAAAGCUUCGUCAUUUGGUAUAAUGAAGAGGCCGUUGAAGGAGUUACAGGAGAGAAAGGUUGUGACUAAGGUGAACGACGAGUUUGCAAGGUCCGGGUUUCAUAUACGAAGGCCAAGUUUAGUGGUUGAGUGCGAAAAACCGGGACAUUUUGUUGUACACCUAAAUGUUGGUGUUUCGAUUCGUCGUGUCAGUAUAGAGGAGCUCAUUAGAAACGAGUAUGAGCAAAGGGGGGAAUUGGAGCUUUUCGAUGGAUUGUUUGUCUCAAGCAGUAAAUUCUUGCAGCUUAUCAUUGACACCUUCUAUACUGGAAAAUGA